AUAACUCUAUGAUGGUUGGACAUGAACAGACCAUGAUCAUGACCAUCACGAUGAACAAAAGAAGCAUGAACAAACCUUCAACGAAGAAGCAGAAAAAAUGAUCAAGAGUGUGAAACAAGCACUCGGAAAUGGUGAAGGCUGCCGAGUCUAUGGGAUGUUGGAUGUGCAGAGGGUGGCUGGUAACUUCCAUAUCUCAGUGCAUGGUUUGAACAUUUUUGUUGCUGAAAAGAUUUUUGAAGGGUCAAACCAUGUGAACGUCAGUCAUGUUAUCCACGAGCUGUCAUUUGGCCCAAAGUAUCCAGGAAUUCAUAACCCACUGGAUGAAACUUCAAGGAUACUUCAUGACACAAGUGGAACCUUCAAAUACUAUAUUAAGGUGGGUUGCCAUUCAUCGAGCCUUUUAAAUUUGCAGUAA